UGGUGUGACAUAAUCGGGUGAUGUGGUGCCACACAAAUUAUGAGCUGGUGGACAAAUACAUCUGUACCCGACGACUUAUUGUUGACAUCGACCACCUUUAAGAUGACUUGAGCUACCAGAUUAGCUGGAGAAGAUACCUCCUAGGAAUCUGGACGGUUGAGCGAGUCGCGCUUUUGUCGGUGCAUUUGUCACAUCUCUAGUUUAAAGGUCAACAACCCACCGACCGCGACCUACAGGCUUUCCUCUGCGACACGCUGGUUUGUGACUCACCACUAUGUGUUUUUGUUGAGGUUUAUUGCGUACUUCCAUCAGCAGGUACCCUCCUCCUCUCUCUCUACUGCGCCAUGGCUGCGAACGGAGCCGCCAAGCCUGCGAUGGACGGGGCAACAACGCGCCGGCCCCGCCUGGGUAGCAUGAGCAGGCCGCCAUUUCCCUGGUUUGGCAUGGACAUAGGAGGAACUCUAGCCAAGUUGGUGUACUAUGAGCCCACAGACAUUACUCCAGAUGAGGCUGAGGCAGAACGAGACAGUCUGAAGGUUAUCCGUAAAUAUUUGACCUCCAAUGUGGCAUACGGUAAGGAGGGGAUACGGGACACUCAUCUGGAAAUGAAAAACCUGGCUCUGUGUGGACGGAAGGGAAACUUGCACUUCAUCCGCUUUCCCACAACAGGGAUGGAGCGUUUUCUUCACAUGGGCCAUGAGAAGAACUUCUCAAGUCUCCAUACAACUUUCUGUGCCACAGGAGGCGGGGCCUAUCGCUUUGAGGAGGACUUUUUGCGGAUCGCAGGGUUGCAGUUAAACAAGCUUGAUGAGCUGGACUGUCUGAUCCAUGGUAUCCACUACAUAGAUUCCAGUAAAUUCAAUGGCAGCUCCGAAUGUUACUGGUAUAAAAAUCCCACAAGAGAGGACUUGUGUGAGAAGAUGCCAUUUGACUUUCGUAACCCUUACCCCUACAUCGUGGUGAACAUAGGGUCAGGGGUCAGCAUCCUUGCUGUGUAUUCGCAGGACGACUACAAGAGGAUUAGUGGAACCAGCCUUGGUGGUGGAACAUUCCUUGGCCUGUGUUGCCUGCUCACAGGCUGUGACACAUUUGAGGAUGCGAUAGAAAUGGCUGCAAAUGGGAACAGUACUAAUGUGGAUAAGUUGGUCAAGGACAUCUACGGUGGUGACUACACACGCUUUGCACUCUCUGGAGAAACUGUUGCAUCAAGUUUUGGAAACAUGCACAUCAAGGAGAAGAGGGAAGCUGCCAGCAAGGAGGACCUGGCACGAGCAACACUUGUCACCAUCACCAACAACAUCGGCUCCAUAGCCCGCAUGUGUGCCCUCACUGAGAAAAUUGAACGAGUGGUGUUUGUUGGGAACUUCUUGCGAGUGAACCCCAUCUCCAUGAAGCUUCUGGCAGAUGCCAUGGACUUCUGGUCAAGUGGACAACUCAAGGCACUCUUUCUGGAGCAUGAGGGUUACUUUGGAGCUGUAGGUGCAUUACUGCAACUCACAAAGACAUCUCCAUUUGAUGUACCUAUUGACCAAUGAACAAGUCUCUAUUAACACUGCCAACACACUGGGACCAGUCGAACCCCUACAUGUACAUCUUUUUUACCUGCACACAUUCUCUGCUCUUCAAUGUGCCAACAUACAUCUGUGGAAAAACUACAUUUGUACCACUAGACUGGUAGGAAGUGCUGUGGUUAGAUUUCUCUGUUGUUACCAUCAGAGUUGUGUAUUAACAGAACAACAUGUACCGAAAGGCAAUGAAAAGUCAAGAGCCAUUGAUUAGGUAUACUACUUGCUUACUUAGGCCUACCUCAAAUCCUUGGGUAUAGGCCACAAAUGAAAGUACCAAACAACCAAAUUAAGGUGGCAAUGCAACAAUGAACUAAACUAAUAUGUGAUUAGAAACGUUUUAAGCAUGCUUAAUGUGCAAAUCAAUUUUAGAUGUACAUUUAUAAGUACUAUGUGACAAAUCCACAUUGAUUUUAUUCCAUUAUUUCCUUAUGUAGAGACCGACAUUGAAGUAUAAGAAAUCUAUAGAGAGAACUGAAAAUCAUUUAAGAAUGUAAGUGAUAUACCGGUACUCCACAAUUUAAACUUUCAGUGCAGUCAGAUUGAUUGAUCAAUCGUACAUAAAGUAAUGUAGAGGCAAGAUGCAUCAAUAAGAAGCAGUAGCACAUAGAUAGGACUCUUCCAUACAAUUCCUAUGGGGUUGAGGGGUCAGUUUGGGAACAUUUUUGUAACAGAAGGUAGAAACAGCUAGAUUGAGAGUGACUGAAGUUCAGUACAACUCAGUUCUUAUUGAGUGUUAGAUAACUGUACUUAACCAGUUUCUCAACUUACUGUAGAGUGGUAUAAGAUGAAAUGAUGAGUUGAUGGACACCAGCAUGGUAUUUCUUAACUGUGCAAAAUUAUAUCUUAAUAAAUCAUAUGUGCUCUAUGGUGCAAAACUUUGAAAUAUGAGUUAGGGUUCAUGCUAAACACGUCGCAACAUUCUUAUUACCUUGACAAGUUGUUUACCCUUUUGUAGCCUAUUAUGAUCUCUUCUGAGGGUGUGAUAAACAGUAUCCUAUGUUGAAAAACAAGGGAGAUGGAUUCUGGAGCUAUUAAAAAAUGGAAAUACUGUACAUCCAUAUCAGUGAACAAUGUAAAAAAUGGAUCUGGCCUGAAAAAUUACAAGAUGACUUGUAUAGGAGAGACUUGUCAGGUUUGCUGUUAGUGUAUCUUAUUAGAAUAGAGGUAGGAUACCAGAAUUUUGCUGUCCACAUGACUCUUUUCACCUUUUAAAAACAUUGUCCUCUGCAUGUUGUACAUAAUUGAGAAACUAGGAAGGAUUUGAUAUGGGUAAGUUUGAAGUUGAACAUUCCCAAACUGAAAUCACAUGCAUGUUCCAAAGCAUGGGUCUCUGCAUCAAUGUAAAAUGUUUCCAAAAAUGCUUUUAUAUUGUAUCUCUCCAGCAGUAGCAGUCCUGAGACCAAUGUGAUGAUUAUGAUGUAACAGAAUGAUUAUUAUAUACUGGGCGCCUACUAGUAAUAUCAGGGUUUUCCCCUUUUUUGCUUCCAGUUGAUGGAUUAACUUUCUUAUUAGUAUCAGGUUAUAUGUUACAUGUUUGGAGUUACUCGGUCUAGAUCAGAAUGAUGGAAAUGUUGUAAAUAAUUGUGAAGAGAUUAAUCUGUGUUAAUUUAUUACCAAUAGGUGUGUUGUAAAAAUCAUUGUCGGAAGUGUCACUGGAAGUCUACUUUCCUCAAAAACCUUAAAGGUAAUGCUGGUCAACAAAGCUCAACUGGGUCUUGAA